UUUCAUAUCAAGGUAAACACUUCAACUACGCAAUUCAAUGUACGAAAAUAAUAUAAAACGCGUUCAAAUGAUAUAAAACUUAGGCCUAAAACUAACUACAUACUUCUACCAACUUCCAAACCAAAAAAAUGACGACCAUAUUUCCUAUAAUUCUAUACUUAACCUCAUUAAUCAACAUAGUUCUAGCAGUAGAUUACAUCCCUAAGGAUCAUAUCCUUGUAAAUUGUGGUACUUUCGACCGGAAAACAACCGAUCCCGACGGCCGAAUAUGGAGCUCCGAUAAGGGUUCUAAGUAUUUGGUAUCAUCCAAAGGCACCUUUAGAGCUAGUGCUAAGACUCAAGCACCGGAUGUUGGUAGGGUUCCUUACAUGUCCGGUAGGGUGAUGUACUCCAAUGCUACGUACAACUUCCCCAUUUCGCCCGGUCGUGUUUUUCUCCGGCUUUACUUCUACCCCAACGUGUAUUCCCGGUCGAAUGCGGCCAAUGCCGUGUUCUCCGUCACGGUUGGAUCAUACGCCUUGCUUAGGAACUUUAAUGUAUAUAAAGCUACUCAAAAGCUUGAUGUUCAUUACUUAGUCAAAGAGUAUUAUAUCAAUGUUGAUAGUGGAAUUUUGACCGUAACGUUUUCUCCCUCGUAUAAUACGUUUGCUUUUGUGAAUGGUAUUGAGGUUGUGUCUAUGCCUAGCCUCUAUGACAAUGAAGAUGGAGACAACAUUAUCGGCGCGAGUAGCCCUUUUCAGAUUGAAAAUUCUACUACUCUUGAGAGUUUGUACCGGCUUAAUGUAGGCGGAAACUAUAUUUCGCCUACUAAAGAUGAGCUUUUCAGGUCAUGGUAUGAUGACUCGCCUUAUCGGUCAAGCUACAUGCUAGGUGUUGCUGAAGUUGCCGAUCCAGGACUAACCAUAACAUAUCGAAAGUCCUUGCCCUCCUACACCGCCCCCGUCGAUGUCUACACCACGGCAAGGUAUAUGACACCGGACAGCUUCCGCAACCUCGAAUUCAACCUAACAUGGUUGCUCCCCAUUGAUACUAGGUUUGCUUACUUGGUGAGGCUACAUUUUUGUCAAAUUCUCUCAAACAUUGACAAAGUCAACCAAAUGGUGUUCAACAUCUACGUCAAUAAAAUAACCGCAUUUUCAGCCGUUGAUGUUAUUGCGUUGACAAACAGCAAUGGAGCUCCUUAUAUUAUGGAUUUUGUGGUGAUUAUGCCCAUUACUAAAGAUCCUAAACAAGAUUUGCGGGUUGAAUUAAACCCGAGUACCAAAUAUAGACCACAAUACUAUAAUGCAUUUUUAAAUGGGUUGGAGAUUUUUAAGAUUAAUAAUACUGAUGGUAUUCUAACAAUUUAGAUCCAAUAAUUACAUGUAUAUUUAAUAAUGCCGUUAUUUUAGCUUCAACCAUUAUCAUGCACGUCUAAUUGUUAUUACUCCGUGAUUAGUGGAUUUCUUCUUUAAUUGUACUAUACUUAAUGAUAUCGUGAGUAUAUGACUAUAUGAUAU